AUGAAUUUGAUGUUACCCGAAAAGGCCAGGAUCCUAGGCUCUCCGAACUGCAUGAAAACUCCCAUCCUUAUGCCGUACUUAGAAGAAAGCGAAGUGCAACGACUUCCGCUGAAUAUCUCAGCUGUGAUAGCUGGACACAAAGUGUCUAGAAUACAUGUGGACGGAGGGUCAGGCGUCGAGGUAAUAUAUGAACAUUGCUUCCUCAGAUUCGACAGAGAUAUAAGGGAAAGACUGGAGGAAGACUCCAUCCCAUUGGUGGGAUUCAACAAUAGCGUAUCACACCCUCUGGGAAAGAUCAGGCUCCCAUUUACAGUCGGUGUAGGGGACAGGGUCCGGACGAUCAAUUUAACCUUCACUGUAGUCAGGGCACCCUCCAAGUACAACGCGAUUUUGGGAAGACCAGGGAUUAGAGAUCUACAAGCACAAGCAUCUACUCCUCACGGGGCUUUGGUAUUCCAAACACCAAAGGGGCUUGCAUGGGUUAAGUCAGCCUACGAAGUGAUCUCUUCAGUAUCCAAAGGAGAGGAACCCGGGAACACCCAAGGGAAGAAGGUGGAAGAAUGGGUCCUCUGUGAUAAGUUCCCGGAGCAAACGGUCAAGGUGGGAAGCCACCUAAGUGACAAAUGCAAGAGUGCCCUGAAGGAGUUGCUCCUCCAUAACCUGGACGUGUUUGCAUUCCAACAUGGUGACAUCACGGGAAUUCCCAGAAGCCUGACGGAACACCGGCUCAACACCUUCACACGGGCGAAACCAGUGAAGCAAAAGAAGCGGAGCAUGGGGCCAAACAAGAGAAGGGCUGCUUGUGAAGAGACCCGCAAACUGCUCAGGGCGGGGAUAGUCAGGGAAGUCAAAUACCCAUCCUGGGUUGCCAACCCAGUUAUGGUUCAGAAAAAAGAUGGGGGAUGGAGGAUGUGCAUCGAUUUCCAAGACUUAAACAAAGCAUGCCCCAAGGACUUCUACCCCCUCCCGGAGAUAGACACCCAGGUCGACUCCCUGUCCCAGUACCCACUGAAGUGCUUCCUAGAUGCCUACAAGGGAUACCACCAAAUACAGAUGUCAAUAGAAGAUGAAGAAAAGACCGCUUUCAUCACCGAUGAGGGAACAUUUUGCUAUACUAAGAUGCCCUUUGGUCUAAAAAAUGCGGGGGCGACAUACCAAAGGUUUAUGAACACCUUGUUUAGGGAGCAAAGGGGAAGGAACCACCGAGGUCGAAACCGCCUUUCAGGAAAUGAAGACCUACAUCUGCAAGCUCCCAGCGUUAGCCACCCCGGUGCCCGGGGACCCACUGCUCCUUUACCUAUCUGCCUCUAA